GGAAAUGAUGAGAGGGCACAGAGAUAAAUGGCGCGCGAAGCGCGCCGAAAAUUUGGCCACACCCCUUUUUAGCGUUCGUAUAGUGCACUAAAAUAGCAUUUUGCGUAUUUUAAAGCAACAAAAUCUUACAUUUUCAACAAUGAUUACUAUAAAAUGAGUGUUUUGCUUCUGUCUACUUCUUAUUUCUUGUACAUUUACUGCUGUGCAAUGUAUUGUAAAUGAUUACAAGGUGGUUAAUUUUUAUUACUAGGUGGUAAGUAAUAAAACAAACAAUGAAUAUCAUUAUCUACAACAAUUGAUGGGGGGGCCCAGGCCCCUGUAGGCCCCCCCUCAGAUACGCCCCUGCUAAUAUGACAUCUCAAGAUUCAAAUGCUGAAGAUGAAGACCAAGAUUCCUUGAGUAAUGACACUGAUGAAGGAGAAGAGCUUUCAAUGAGUGCUGCAAACAGUAUAGAAACACAGACACAUACUGUCACAGCUAAUAACAAAGCAAAAAGAGUUGCACCUAUCAAGGGAACUGCUACUACUAAAGUUGAUGCCUCUGUUACUUCUAAUGCUAAGAAGGCUGUGAGGUCUAAAGAGACAGCAAUCGCUGUACCUACUACUAGGAGUGUUAGAUAUAAAGAGAGAGUUUUACCUAUUGAAGAAAGUGUUAGAGCUAAAGAAAGUGUUAGAGCUAAAGAGACAGUUGAACCCACUACAGAUAUUAGUACUGCAGCCAAAGAGAGCAAUAGAACUAAAGGUACUAUUAUGGAAUUUUGA